UUUAUCUCGCUACAUGACUAACUAGAUCAACAUUCAAUACAAUGAGGAGAACAACAAAGUAUUUUCUUUAACUAAACUAACUUGUCCGACUCUUCCACUUUUCGAGGAUGAAAUUAAACAUUAGGUGAGUGGCUUUGGCUGAGUGCAAAGGCAGCACUAUCAUCACUACAAGAGGAUUGAUUCCCCUGUGACACUAUCGCAGGAUGUCCGAGCACGUUUGCGUCACCGGCGGCAGUGGCUGCAUCGGUUCAUGGCUGGUCCAUCUCCUCCUCGAUCGUGGCUACACCGUUCACGCCACCGUCCAAAAUCUCAACGAUGAAACCGAGACGAAGCAUCUACAAUCUCUCGAAGGAGCAUCCACUCGCCUCCGCCUGUUCCAGAUCGAUCUCCUCCACUACGACACCGUCCUCGCCGCCGUCAACGGCUGCGCCGGCGUUUUCCACCUCGCCUCUCCUUGUAUUGUUGAUCAAGUCCAUGACCCUCAGAAGGAGCUUCUGGACCCGGCGAUCAAAGGGACUGAGAAUGUUCUUGCUGCGGCGAAGGAAGCAGGAGUGCGGCGCGUGGUGGUCACGUCCUCUGUUUCUGCGAUUACCCCGAGCCCCAGUUGGCCUUCUGAUGUUGUCAAGAGAGAGGAUUGCUGGACUGACAUUGAAUACUGCCAGCAAAAAGAGUUGUGGUAUCCAAUGUCAAAGACAUUGGCAGAGAAAGCUGCUUGGGAUUUUGCUAAAGAGAAUGGUUUGGAUGUUGUGGUGGUGAAUCCUGGUACUGUAAUGGGCCCUGUUAUUCCACCAAGGCUUAAUGCAAGCAUGGUCAUGUUAGUGAGACUUCUUCAAGGUUGUGCUGAAACAUAUGAGAACUUCUUUAUGGGAUUGGUCCACUUUAAAGAUGUAGCAUUGGCACAUAUUUUAGUGUAUGAGAACAAAGGAGCAGCUGGUAGACAUAUGUGUGUAGAAGCUAUUUCUCACUACGGCGACUUUGUAGCAAAAGUUGCUGAACUUUAUCCAGAGUUUAAUGUGCCAAAGAUGCAACGAGAUACCCAGCCAGGAUUGUUGAGAGCAAAGGAUGGAUCAAAGAAACUCAUGGAUUUGGGUUUGGAAUUCAUUCCAAUGGAGGAAAUUAUUAAGGAUGCUGUAGAGAGUUUGAAGGACAAAGGGUUCAUAUCUUGAAUGAUGCUGCUGUUAUUUGGAACCCCAGGUAAACUAGAGAUAGGUGAUAGGUUGCAUUGCACUAUAAGUACUAUGGGCAUAUGGUGGUAUCUGUAGAAUCUGUUUCCCCAAUAUGCUUAUGCAAAGUUACUCUGACUUGAAUAUCUGUUGUCAUUUUCUUUUCUUCUUUUUAAAUAAAUAGCAAGAGAUUAAGCAUUAAAAAA